CUAGUCACAAUUACAGUUGAAAUUACAGUAUUAGAAUAAACUCAUUUUUACUUAUAUUACAGAUUAUCUCAGGACGCAGAGAUGCUAUUCGGCAUACACAAAUAUAUUUCGUGCAAAAUUAAAAGUUUAGUUUUAAUUUUUUUUGGUUCUCAAUCGGAACGCGGGCUGUAAUUUGGGUGCUGCCAACUCGUCGCAACGAACAGCUGUUUUUCAUUCCCAACAGAUUGGCAGCCUUGGCGCCAUCUGUUGGCAACAGCUCUGAUAAGGCAGAGAGAGAAAAUCGCCGCUAAAAUUGUGCUCGUUCAAUUUCACUUGACCGACCCCGAUCAAGACCAACCAGUUGACCAUCCAAAUAUGCUGCCCACCAAAACGGACUCCCGUCGACGUCUCAACGUGGGGGGCUCCAGCCCGCCGUCUGGCGACUACAUCAAGGUGAUCGAUGGCCAGUGCGAAACGGAUGGAUUUGUGAACGAGCAAUGGAUGGAACCGAACUUGCUUGAGCCAACGCCAUGGAAAACGAUAGUCAUAAUCCUCAUCCUGUUCAUAGGCGGCUCAAUAUGUAUUGUCUUUGCCACCAUAGAUUGGAUGGCGGAUGUCAAGCGGGAGCGAGUGGAUCGUGUGUGGGCUUUGUCCAUUAUUGGUGCAUUGACCAUUAUACCCGGCGGCUACUAUAUGUAUGUGCUAUCCUGCGUUAUGUUGCAUCGUCGCGGCUACACCAUGGAUGAUAUACGACGACUGGGAUAGGAUAGGGGUUUAUAUACUCGUAUUUGUUUUUAUUUUUGUUGUACUAUGUUUUGUCAAAUACAGUUUUAUUGCAUUUACUUUA